AUGGUUGUGGGAAUUAUCGAACCCAAGAGGAAGUUUCAUAAGAUUCCGACUAGUUUUUGGCGUUCUUUGAAUCUGAUUCCGUGUCAUCAGAAUUCCCGCUUUAACAAGCGAUCCAAUAUCUGGUUUUUUACUCAUCCUGAUGUGGCCUCUAAUGUUAUCUUCACUUCCGAGCAGGUUGUGAUCGUGGAUUGCGUCUGGACCUGUUAUAAUUUCCGUGUGGCUGUUGUGCAUGGGGCGAACAAUAAUCUUCUCAGGCGUCAGUUGUGGGUCGACCUUCUCAAUACGAUGGACGGGCCCUCCGUUAUUGCCGGGGACUUCAACGCCGUGAAAGGUGCUCACGAAAGAAGUAGUGAUUGUCUUCCUAAUGCUACUUCGUGCCGUGAUUUUUGUGACUUUAUUGAUGCUACUGGCUUCAUCGACUCUCCCACGGUGGGGCUGCAGUUUACGUGGUCGGGGCGACGAUUUAUGCCCUCUCAUGUGGAAUCUAAAUUGGAUCGUGUCCUGUUUUCUCAGGAUUUUGCUGAUUACUGGAGUUCGGUGUAUACUCAGAAUCUUCCCCGGAUUACCUCAGACCACUCCCCGAUUAUUAUCAGAUGUUGUCUCCCUCUUCAACAGGGUCCGAGAUUCUUUAAAUUUUUGCACAUGUGGACGUUGCAUGAAAAUUUUCAUGAGGUGAUUCGUAGUUCUUGGAAUGAGGACACCUCCACCCGUUGCCCUAUUUAUAAGGUGAUGUUCAAGCUUAAGCGUUUGCGUGGUGUGCUUAAGGACUGGAAUAAAUCGACUUUUGGCAACGUCGACGCUAUGAUUACUGCAGCGCAGCAGCACCUCCUUCAGAUUCAAGAACAGAUUGCGGUGAGUGGGUACACUUCGGACCUUUUCGAUGAGGAAGUGGUUACUCAAGCUAAAAUUAACAAAGCUCUUACGCGGAAAAAUAACCUCCUCCAACAAAAGAGCAGAGUUUCGUGGCUUCAGGAUGGUGAUCGUAACACGAAGUUUUUUCAUAAUAUGAUAAAAUAUAAAAAGAAGCCACAAAUUAUCUCCCACUUAAACAUCCAUGGCAAUUUGGUCUACGAUCAGGAGGCUAUUGGAAAACACGUCGUGGAUUUCUUCUCUGCUCUCUUUGAAGAGACGAAUCAAGAGGCGUUGGACAUUACUUCUUUUGAGGCGACCAUUGAUGAGGUCGUGGAUGAUCGGCAGAAUACUUUUCUCACUAGAACGCCUGAUGAAGAAGAAAUCAAAGCUGCGGUCUUCGGGAUGGACGCGAGCAGCGCUCCUGGUCCGGACGGUUUCUCUGGGAAAUUUUUCCAGUCUUGUUGGGAUAUUAUUAAAGAGGAUAUCUGGAAGGCGGUUACUACUUUUUUUGAAAGAUCCUAUCUGCCGGUGGGCUGCAAUUCUAGUAUUAUGAUUCUCUUACCCAAAAAAGAUGUCGUUUCUUCUACUGCUGAUCUUCGUCCGAUUGUCCUCUCUAAUUUUUUCUUCAAGAUCUUUUCGAAGAUCCUUGCUUCUCGUCUUGGGGUUGUUGCUGCAAAGUGUGUUAGCCCGAACCAAUUUGGUUUCAUUAGCGGAAGAUCUAUUCAUGAUUGUAUUUUACUUGGUUCCGAAGGGAUUAAUUGCAUGCGAAGAUCUAUUGGAGGGGUGAAUAUGGCAUGCAAAAUCGAUAUCAAAAAAGCUUUCGAUACUCUUAGAUGGGAUUUUUUGUUGGCUGUUCUCAAAGUGGGAGGUUAUGACGAGAAGUUCGUUAACUGGAUCAGAAUCAUUUUGCACUCAGCUCGCCUCUCCAUUCUCUACAAUGGACGUCUGCAUGGCUACUUUGCGUGUUCUAGAGGAGUGCGACAAGGUGAUCCCCUAUCUCCACUCCUCUUCGGUAUCGCUGAGGACGUUCUUAGUGCUCUUCUCAGAAAUUGUGUUGCCGCUGGGAAACUUACGCCUAUGAAUAUUUGUAGAGCUCGGCCUUUCCCUACACACUUUCUCUAUGCUGAUGACAUUCUGGUUUUCUGUACUGCUUCGGAAGAAAACGCGAGAACUUUACGGCAUAUCCUUACUUUUUAUGGUGAUAUUUCUGGUCAAUUCUACAGCCCCGAAAAAUCACAUAUCUAUUUUACGGAUAAGGUUUCUACGGCUCUGAAACGUGCGAUUGGGCGCUCCAUUGAUUUUGCGCCGGGUGCUUUUCCUUUCACUUAUCUCGGCGUUCCUCUUUUUGUUGGGCGUGUUCGGGCUUCUUAUCUUCGGCCAAUUCACGACCGUAUUCUGCAGAAAUUUGCUAGAUGGCGUGGUAGGCAUCUUUCUAUGGCAGGAAGAAUUUGCUUGGUGAAGUCUGUUAUACAAAGCUCAAUCACUCACUCUAUGAUGAUUUACCGUUGGCCUCGGUCCUUACUUAAAAUUCUGGAUGCGAAAUGUCGCAAUUUUAUCUGGACCGGGAAUACGGAGAAAUGUGCGGCUUGUACGGUGGCAUGGGCACGGGUUUGUGCUAUAAAAGAAGAGGGGGGUCUUGGCGUGCGUUCUUUUUCUUUGAUGAAUAGAAGUUAUCUUAUGAAACGUGCCUGGAGCGUCAUACGGGGGACUGCUUUUGGCAUGGAUAUUAUGAGACAGAGAUACUUAAGUAGGUUCAGUCAUGUGAAGACGGUUGCUGCCCCUUCCUCGAUUUGGCUUGGUCUUCGUGCUGAAAUUGCCCCGUUGGUCAAUGACUCUUAUUGUUACAUCGGCGAUGGUGCUUUUACCAAUUUUUGGAAUGAUGAUUGGCUGGGGUACUCUAUUGCCCGUAAAUGUGGUGUGCCGCAUUACGUGCAAGACUUCCUCAAGCAUUCUGUUGCAGAUUAUUUUUACGAGGGAAUUUGGCACUUUACACAGGGCUUCGUGGACGCUUUUCCUGACAUCGUUUGUGACAUCCUGCUGCUCCCUAUUGGAGAUGAUGAGGACAUCCGUUUCUGGAAACCUUCACUUCAUGGGGAUGUUACUGCCUCGCUUGCCUUCGCUCGCCACUGCCACCGUUUUCCUGCGGUCAAAUGGGGCAAGUGGAUUUGGGAGAACUAUAUUCCCACUCGUCGUUCCAUGACUACUUGGCGCCUUCUACAUCGUCGCCUCCCCACUUUUGACAUUCUCAUCAGUCAAGGGCUUAUUACUCCUAACCAUUGUCCUUUCUGUUUCAAAGAUAGUGAGAAUAUAGAACAUCUGUUCUGGAGUUGCGACAACAUUCGGCCUAUUUGGCUGGAGUAUCUGAGUUGGUUCAACAAAAAUCAUGACAUCGAUAAUUCGGAUAUUUUCAGCAUGUUGGUGGCUGCCUGGGGUUACUCGUUUAGCUCCCAACUAGUUUGUUUCUGGAAGGCUGGUAUUAUUUCUCUUAUUUGGAGCAUUUGGACGCAGCGUAACAAAUGUAUCUUUGAUGACGACAGAUUUGAGGCUAAAAAGAUUUUUCACUCGAUUAAGGUGACUUUUCGGGAAAUGGAGGAGAAUUUUAAAUUGGGUGCUAUGGCAAACACUUGGGAGGAUCUCUCGAUCCUUAAAAAGAUUGGGAUAAAAGGUCGUGCUGCUAUUCCGCCGGACUUUAUAAAUGUUUACUGGUGGCCUCCCUCUAACCAUUGGAUCAAGGUUAAUACGGACGGCUCUGCGUUGGGGGCGCCGGGAAAGAUUGCUGCUGGAGGAGUCUUUCGUGAUAAUCAUAGUACGGUGCGUGGUUGCUUUCAUAAAAAAGGAGGGAUUGGCUAUGCGUUCGAGGCGGAACUUCUUGCGGUAAUAACCGCUAUUCAAUAUGCUAAUGACCGCAAUUGGUUUUAUCUUUGGUUGGAGUCGGACUCUACUUAUAUUGUUCGCCUUAUUCAAGAUCGUUCUUUACUUGUUCCUUGGCGUUUCAUGGCCUCGUGGAAAAGGAUUCUUGUGCUUCUCGAUAAAUUCCAUCUUUAUGUUUCUCAUAUAUAUCGGGAAGGCAACAAGGUGGCGGACAUCUUGGCUGCGGAUACUAUGGUAGAGGGCUGCUGGGACUUCGAGAUUGACGCUAUCAAGGCUGCGGUGCGUUUGGAUAUGUCCUCACAUAGCCAUAUCCGCAUGGUUCUUCAUUGA